AUGGAAGGAGAAUUGAAUACCGAACCACUCACCUCUCAAACCGUACCAAUAGAUUUCGGUGAAACUCAAAAGCCUUCACCGUACGGACAAUUGGUGAGUAACUCUUCAUUGUUCGGAACGAUUGAUCUGUGCAGUCAAAAAUUCAGCGUUGGACGUGAUCCAGGAUGCAGUCUAGUAAUAAAUGCGAAAAAACUCCCAACACCCAUGCUAUUGCAAAUCUCGAAAGUUCAUUUCGUACUGGAGAAGGAUAUCGAAGAUCCAUUUAGUCCUACCUAUAUUAUCGACCAUUCAACUAACGGGACAUGUGUAAAUGGAAAUCAGCUUGGGAAGAAUAUCCGCUCAAUUCUAAUGCACGGUGAUGCCAUCUCGAUGGCAGCCAGUAAGAAUCUGGUCUUGUAUCGUGCGUUCAACUGCAAUGUGCCGAACGAAAUCAAGUCGGAAGCGUUGAAGAAACGGUAUCAUUUUGGACGAAUGCUUGGAUCGGGAUCGUUUGGGACGGUUUAUCUGCUGCAUGACACCAUAACCUGCCAGCCGUAUGCCUUGAAGAUCGUGAAUAAGGUGCGAAUCAGUGUACAACCGUACUCCAGAUCGAGUUUCAAUAACGAAGCAAAUAUUAUGAACAGUUUGAGUCAUCCUUGUGUCCUUCAAAUGUACGAGUUUUUCAACGAACCAAACUCGUUCUGCAUGCUGCUGGAGUACAUGGAAGGAAGUGAUUUGCUGACGCGCAUUCUAGACAACGGUUGCCUUCAAGAAAAUGUGGCCCAGUUCUUUUUCUAUCAGCUUUGUCAUGCUAUCGACUAUCUGCACGAUCAGGACAUCAUCCAUCGAGACUUAAAGCCGGACAAUAUCCUACUGAAGGACAGCAGCGUGUACACGCUGCUCAAGGUGUCCGACUUUGGUUCCAGCAAGUUUCUGGACGACAACAUGUACAUGCACACCAUCUGCGGAACACCGGAGUACAUAGCGCCGGAGAUGCUGGAACAGGUCAGCCGCAAAGGGUACACCAACAAGAUUGACAUCUGGAGUCUCGGUGUGAUACUGUACACGAUGCUCAGCGGCUUACUGCCCUUUGGCAGAAGGGAUAGCAUGACAGACAUUGAUCAGAUCACGCACGGUGACUUCACUAUGUCACAGCCCGUGUGGCGGACCGUGAAAUCUUGUCGCGUGAAGAAGUUAAUUUAUGACAUUUUAAACGUUGAUCCAUGCGACCGACCAUCGAUAAAAACGUUGCUCGGCAGCAAAUGGUUUCACAACUCGGAGGAUGUGCGCCGUGCUCGACACAUCAUGAACCUUCCAGUUAACUCCUUCCAUGAUUUGCCUUAA